CAGCUACCUCGCGCGAUCUGGUUUUUGCCGUUUUAUUAUUUUCCUUGGCGGUCGAGCUCUCUGCUCUCUCCCCACACAGUUUUCUCCCGCUAGAUACCGCAACCAGAGUCAGAGACACCAGGCAGCUUGGUUUGCAUUUUGAGAUGGGGUUCGUGAAGGAGUUUGCGGAGAAUCUGAUCCUGAGGUUGAUGGAGGAUCCUCAAGAGAGGGACAAGAGGUUCAGGGAACAUGUGUACUCGAUGAAGGAUCGGUGCAAGAAAACGAAGGAGAUGUGGAGCUUGCCUCUCCGCCCUUAUGGGUUCUGGACGUUCGAUCGCCACAAUGCGCAGCUGUUUUGGGACCCUCAGAUCAGCCAGGUCCAAGGCCGCAGGGACCCUUAUGAUGAUGUUCUUCGCACACUCAAUGGUCAUCCUCCUCCCAAGUGA